UCUAAACAGACCAGUCCUGAUUGGUGUUACGUCAGUGAUGUCACUAUACAAACAUGAAGUUUGGCAGUUAAUACACCAGAUUUAACCUCAUUCUACUAGGAGCACAGAAGAACACAUGACAAACUUCAUCACAUCACCGGCGUCUUCUCAAAUAUUAAAAACAAACAUUUUUGUCAGUUUGUCGCGACAUCGCUGUAAAGCCAGCUGUUUCUUCAUGUUCACGACUCAACACGUCCUGAUGUGCAGCCACGACGCUGAAGUUUGUUUCAGCUUCUUGUUAAAAUGUUCCGGUCCACCUGAAAAGUGUCAUAUGUCCAGUAGAUGGAGCUGUUCGGUCACUUUCGAGCCAGUUCAUCAGCGUCGCUCUGCUUCCUGUCUACAAACUUCUGUGUCUGAACUGUUUUCACCAUUUCACUAUUUACUCCAGAUUCUCUUCUCACAGUCACCAGACUCCCUUAAGAAACGCUCAUUUUCUAGCGUCACCUCGUCAGGAGAAACUGUCUGAACUGUGUGAAAUGCUGUAUACAACAUAUUCUUAACUGUUUGGACCUACGUGUUAAUUCGGCAAACGUUCCACGUGAUUCUAAGUGUUUGUGUAAAGUUGAUGACGUCGUGUUGUCACUGAGAUGUAGCUGUAGAUCUGCACACAGAUCCGAGUACAAGAGGUCAGUCAGUCUCAUGUGGAGCCUUUAAUGCCGCUGUUAGUAUCUCCACCCCUCAACUCACUCACGGUUCGGUACUUUAGACCCACAAAGCUCCGAACUCAGAACCCCGAGGAGCAACAGUGAUCAUGUGAUCCAGACUGACGAACAGGAGGAGAAGUGAAAGUGAAAGUGUUCAGUCCGUCAGACUCCAUUUUGAGAGCAGAACAGACAGAAGAAGACGGAGGAGGAACAGUAAAGUGUGAGGCAGUUCAUGUUUCACCUCUCAGACCUGAAGAUGAGUGUUUGUGUGGAGGAAGAGUUGGACCGAGCAGAACCUGCAGGAUCCAUCUGUCCGUCUAUGAAGAGUGAUCGGUCCAAAGAUGAUCCUCCAUUCUUCAGUUCUGAACCUGGACCAUCAGACACAAAAGAGAAGAAGCAGCCCACCUGCUGUGUUUGGUGUCAGGACGUCCUGAAGGAUCCGGUCUCUACCAGCUGUGGACACUGGUUCUGCAGACGCUGCAUCACCUCAUACUGGGACCAGUCUGCUUCACCAGGAGACUCCUCCUGUCCCCAGUGUGGAGUGAAUGUUGGUCUGCAGGAGGUUUUAGAUGAACAUAAGAUCAGUCUGAGGAGGAGAUGUGAACAUGUGACUGAAGGAAGUGAUGGAACAGGAAGUGAUGGAACAGGAAGUGGAACCCUCCUCAGCAGGAUCUACACUGAGCUCUACAUCACAGAGGGACAGAGUGAAGAGGUUAAUACCCAACAUGAGGUUUGGCAGCUUGAGACAGCUUCCAAGAAGAAGACCUUCAGUGAAACUCCAAUCAGGUGCUGCGACAUCUUUAAAGCCUCACCUGACCAACAGAGACGCAUCAGAGUGGUUCUGACCAACGGCGUCGCUGGAGUUGGAAAAACCUUCUCGGUGCAGAAGUUCACUCUGGACUGGGCAGAGGGCUCCGAAAACCAAGAUGUCAGUCUGCUGGUUCUGCUGUCGUUCAGGGAGCUGAACCUGAUCAGAGAUGAGCAGUACAGUCUUCUCAGGCUGCUCCAUGUUUUCCAUCCAACAUUACAGAAGGUGACAGCAGAGAAGCUCGCUGUCUGUAAACUUCUCUUCAUCUUUGACGGCCUGGAUGAAAGCAGACUUUCACUGGAUUUCAACAACCAUGAGGUCGUGUCUGAUGUCACACAGGAGUCAUCAGUCAGCGUGCUGCUGACAAACCUCAUCCAGGGGAAGCUGCUUCCCUCGGCUCUCGUCUGGAUCACUUCCAGACCUGCAGCGGCCAAUCAGAUCCCUCCUUCAUGUGUCGACAGGGUAACAGAAGUACGAGGCUUCACUGACGUCCAGAAGGAGGAGUACUUCAGGAGGAGGUUCAGUGAUGAAGAUCUGUCCAGCAGAAUCAUCUCACACAUCAAGACCUCCAGGAGCCUCCACAUCAUGUGUCUGAUCCCAGCCUUCUGCUGGAUCACUGCUACAGUUCUGGACCACAUGUUGACUACAGACCAGAGAGGAGAGCUGCCCAAGACCCUGACUGACAUGUACUCACACUUCCUGCUGGUUCAGACAAAGAGGAAGAAGCAGAAGUACGAUGAGGGACGAGAGACGAGUCCACAGGAGCUGACGGAGGCUGACAGGGAAGUUCUUCUGAAGCUGGGGAGGCUGGCGUUAGAACAUCUGGAGACAGGAAACAUCAUGUUCUACCAAGAAGACCUGGAGUGCUGCGGUCUUAAUGUCACAGAGGCCUCGGUGUACUCAGGAGUUUGUACAGAGAUCUUCAGAAGAGAGAGUGUGAUCUUCCAGAAAACAGUCUACUGCUUUGUUCAUCUGAGCGUUCAGGAGUUUCUGGCUGCAGUCUACAUGUUCCACUGUCACACCAACAGGAACACAAAGGUGGUGAAGGACUUCCUGGGACGUCAAAGAUAUAAAUGUGACCCAUCCCUGGAUGACUUCUUGAGGAGCGCCAUGAUGAAAUCCCUCCGCAGUAAAAAUGGCCACCUGGACCUGUUUGUCCGCUUCCUUCAUGGCCUCUCUCUGGAGUCCAACCAGAGACUCUUAGCAGGCCUGCUGGGUCAGACAGACAACAGUCCAAUAAUCAUCCAGAGAGCCAUCAACAACCUGAAGAAGAUGAACAGUGAUAAGAUCUCUCCUGACAGAAGCAUCAACAUCUUCCACUGUCUGACAGAGAUGAACGACCACUCAGUCCAUCAGGAGAUCCAAGAGUUCCUGAAGUCAGAGAACAGAUCAGAGAAGGAACUCUCUGAGAUCCACUGCUCAGCUCUGGCCUACAUGCUGCAGAUGUCAGAGGAGGUUCUGGAUGAGUUGAACCUGGAGAAGUACAACACAUCAUGGGAGGGACGACUGAGACUGAUUCCAGCUGUGAGGAACUGCAGGAAGGCUGUACUGACUGGCUGUGAACUCUCAGAGACUCACUGUGAAGUCGUCGCCUCAGCUCUGAAGUCCAACCCCUCACAUCUGACACAUCUGCACCUGAGCUACAACAACCUGAAUGAUUCAGGAGUGAAGCUGCUGUGUUCUGGACUGGAGAGUCCAAACUGUCGACUGGAGACUCUGAAAUUGUGGGGCUGCAGUUUGUCAGAGAUCAGCUGUGAUUCUCUGGCCUCGGCUCUGAAGUCCAACCCCUCCCAUCUGAGACAUCUGGACCUGAGCUACAACAACCUGCAGGAUUCAACAGUGAAGCUGCUUUGUGAUUUUCUGCAGAGUCCAAACUGUCGACUGGAGACUCUGAGAUUGAGUUACUGCAGUUUGUCAAAGAUCAGCUGUGAUUCUCUGGCCUCAGCUCUGAAGUCCAACCCCUCCCAUCUGAGAGAGCUGGACCUGAGUGACAACAACCUGCAGGAUUCAACAGUGAAGCUGCUUUGUGAUUUUCUGCAGAGUCCAAACUGUCGACUGGAGACUCUGAGAUUGGAGAGAUGCAGUUUGUCAAAGAUCAGCUGUGAUUCUCUGGCCUCAGCUCUGAAGUCCAACCCCUCCCAUCUGAGAGAGCUGGACCUGAGAGGAAACAAGCUGCAGGAUUCAGGAGUGAAGCUGCUGUCUGAUCUGAAGGACAGUCCACACUGCAGACUGGAGACUCUGAGGUCAGUAGAGGGUUGGAGUCAGUCCAUGCUGGUUUCAGCAGUAUUGUUCUGAACACAGUCAGUAUCAAGUGAAGCUGUGAGAGGAGAACGGUGACUGGCUUCAUGAUUGGACAGAGAGACAGAGAGAGAACAGUCAGCCAAUCAGACGAGCCAGAAGCUUGUUGUGAUCUGGUGUUGAGUUGAUGUGAAGACGACUGUUGUUGUUGUGUUCGUGUCUACAGGAAGUAAAGCUGGAUUACAGCUGACAGCAUCACAGGAUGUGUAGAGACAGUCGUCCUCAUUCAUCACAUGUGAUUUCUCUAAAACACUAAAGAACUGAUCAGCUGAUCUGUGUCACAGCUCUCAGGUCUACGGUGGCCCUGAAGGUCAAAACACAACAUUUCACAACAACAUCAAACUGUCCACAGGGACUCGGGUUCUGUCCAAUUACAAACAAGAACGCUGUCCCACUUUUUCUGUAAUCUGAGGUGUUGAUGUGUUUUGACCUUCAGGGCCACCGUACAGAUCAGUCUGACUGAAGCCUGCAAAUCACUGCUCAGGUUUCAGAGAACCAUCAUUACAUUUAGUAACCAUGUGGUGUUUGUACAGAGCAGAAGCUGUGCUGAAGUCCAGUAACCACAGCUGAUGCUUGACUGUCAGUCUGUGUAUGAACAUGUAGGAGCUUUAACAUCAUAUAUUCAUCUGUCCAUCAGUCUUUUGUUUGCUCCACAUGUUUUACAACAGACUCCAUAUUUACAUGUUUGUAAUGUUUCAAAGCAGAUGAAAUAUUCAGGUGUGACUGAGACUCUGGUUUUUAACAGCUGUCAAUCAUCAUUAAAGUGCCUCUGCAGUGAUGAUGCGUUCAGGGACCCUGUGCAGUUUAUUUCACUGUGUACUUGAGUGAAACCUGCAGAGUAAACCUGUGAGCUUCACUCCAACACGUUAACAUGAAGCUGAAAGGAAGCUGGCUACGCUACACAGCCGCUCCACUUGUGGUCUGAACAGGACUGAAGUCCUGCUGGUCUUUAUAUCACUGACUGACAGCUGAUGGAGGGAGUCUCUGGAAACACUCAUGGAUCACUUCUGCUCUCUCUCAUUCUCUCUUCAGGUGGGAGUGAUGAAAGGUGGAGGUGUUGAGAGGAUCAGCUGUGUCCUGAUGAUCCAGACAGGUUGAAGCAGCACCAUCAGCUGGUGGGUGGACAGGCUCUGACUGGGCCGUGUUACUGGGAGGUGGAGUGGAGAGGAGAGCUUCAUCCAGCAGUGACUGAAGGACCAAUCACAACAAGUGGAGCUGACUGUCAGUGCUGCAGUCUAAACUGCUCUGAGAUCAGCUCCACUGUCACCCAGUCCACCAUCCAGCUCCAUGUGUUGGGGCCACUAACUGCCCUCCCUACUGCCCCCUGGAUUUAACUACAACACAAACAAAUCCAUCCAGUCCAAACACACAUUUAGAACUAAACAUGUUUAUACUUUAAAUAUAUUUGUAAUCAACUAUUUUAAUUCAUUAAGUUACAGCUCAGUAUCUGUGUGUCACUUGUGCAGCCAAAUGUUUUUGAAAGACAGUUAUCUAUCUACAUAAUACAUCUUUAAUGAUCCAUGUCUUUUUUUAAUUCUAUUCUUUAUUUAAGUUUUCUUUUCUUUUUUCCAACAUUGGAUAAAGUAAACAAAAUGAUGAUCCA